AUAGGUAUAAAAAAGGGCGUUUAUCGGUUUGGUCUCAUAACUUUGACCCUUUCACACUGUAUUUACACUUAAUGACAGUGUUUUUGAACGUUUUGUUCAUUAAAAAUGUCUUCUUCAGCGUUUGGUUGAACUAACAGUCACUGUUCAUUUUUCUGAGCAGCUCGCUCCAUGCAGACAGAAGGUUAGAAAUUAUGGCUGGCAGACAAGAAGAGGAGAGACAGAAAGAACACCAGGAGCCUCUGGGUGCUGUGGGUGAGGAAGGUGUCAUUGAUGAUCCCAUCCUGAAGACAGCAACAUUGUGUUUAAGAAGGUAUGUGAUCGAACGUAUAAAGAGAGAGAAACCUGGUCUACAUGUGUCCUCUGAGCUUCUGGGAGGAAGUCCAAGUGAAUUAGAGGAUCCAAAAAUCAAAGAAGUGGUGGAACAGCUGAUCGAGAUUACAGAUAAGCUGAACAGGAAUGCUGAACUGCAACGACUGAUCAACCAGGUUCCAGACAACUGCUCUCUGGAUAUCUUCAUGAAGGUGGCCAGAACCGUAUUUGCUGAUGGCAUUAAUUGGGCUCAAGUGGCGUGUCUCUUCCACCUGGCCUACGAACUCAUAUGUCAGGCACUGAUCAAGAACCAUCCAGAAACCAUCAGAGCAAUCAUCGAAGGUUUUCGCCAAGUCAUCAGAGAGCAACCCUACUACUGGCUUGUACAGCAGGGAGGCUGGGUGGGGGUGAUCACUGGUUGUCGUCAGUGGAGGACAGUAGCGAUAGUAGCAUCAGUAGCACUGGUGGCAGCUAUUGUUUACUACAGGAAGACACGCUGAUAGCAUCAGACCGUACAACUCCGCACUCCAUCUCCUGAAUAAAUGCAGUUUGUUAAUGAGGACAGUUUGUGGACAUU